GAGUCUCGUGGAAUAUUUCUUCUCCCAUUUCCACCAACCCCAACAUUGACAAAACUCUGCCUAUUCCAUCUGUUCCUCUCUGUUUUCUUCUUCCUUUCCCAGCAACAGCAGCCAGAAAUACCCAGAAGAAGGAAGUUAAAGAGGGGGGCUGAAUUUAGCAAAUGGACGGUCUGAUUCCAAUGAUGUACAGGGCAAUAAAGAGGAAACGAGUUCGGAGCCGGUACGAGUGCUUGUCGGCCGGUGAUGCUCAGGCGUUCAAUGCUGCCGACUUCUACAUGAAUGGUCAGGUUCAGGCUCAGCCCCAUUUGUAUUUGGGGCCUGCCAGCGACAAGGCGAUUCACAAUCGGAGCCAUCAUCGCCGUUACGGCUCGACCGGAGAUUAUCCAUUCGGGCUCACGCCCGGCGGCGACGAGGACGACAUGAACGUGCUGAAGGGCGUUGCUGGUCCACAUUCGAAGCAGGUGGUGAGGUUCAGACGAAGCCACAGCGUGCUCUCUUGUUUUACCGGUGCCUAGGUAGCUUUUAUUAUGAAUUUCUCAGUCUCUUGCUCCUCCCUUUUUUUGUGGUUUGGUUUAGUUAUGUGGUGAAGGUGCUAGCAAACAUGAAGUCCCUGUUCAAGUCUGUAAAUUUGGGUGCUCCAGAGACAGGGCAAGUCUUUUUUCUUUCUGGUUUUUUUUUACCCUUUUUCUGUUUGCCCUUAAUGUAUGGAAAAAGUUGAUAAAGGAGAGGAACUCCGUGGUGUUUCUCUUCGGGACGGCUUCAAGCAGAAGCUGCAGAAUUUGGAAGCAAAUGAGGUGAAACCUCAUAAGCAAUACAAAAGCUUCAUUUUAAUUGA